AACAAAGGGGGAAAAAAAUAAUUUUAUGUAAAGUGUUUGACAAGAAUAUCAUUGGCAGUAGGGUGUGAUUGGCUCCUACGAUAAAAAUCGAGUUUCCACAUAUUUUUGCUUUCUUUUUAACUAUGUCUACUUCUUUUCGACUUCCUUAUGGUUAUAGAAGUGCACCACCAUGGCCUUCACUUUAUUGGCCUUUUGGACCUGAUUUUGACCCACUGAAUCUCGUUGCUGACAUUCCUCAUUCACUUUAUUAUUUGAAUGAUAUAUGGCGAUUUACAACAGUUUGGUGUCUGAUUCUAUCACUCUUGAUCUAUUUACCAGCAGGCAUUUGGGCUUUUUUAAUGUUAGCCAAAUCUCGUACAUUAAAAUGGUAUGUUUUGAUCAUCAUACCUUUUAUUUUUGUACUUGGAGGUUGCAUUGCUUCUUUUGUCACUGGGAGUAUUAUGGGUGUUGCACUUGCUUUUGUAUAUAAUUCUGGCUUCUUUGUCAUGUCUACCUGGAUUCCCUUCUUAUGGGCAUUAAUUCAUAUUCUAAUUGUACUUGUAGGCUCUUAUUCUACUAUUACUACUAUUCUAUAACUAUACCCAUUUAAUAUAUAUAUAUAUAUACA